UUUUAAUCAAAACAUUUCUUAUAAAAAGUUAUCAAGAAGAACAAGUUUUGAAUUACAAUCCAUUUCCCUAAAGAAUGGUGUCUGUUCUAAUCUUGACACUGAUUUGCUUCCUUGCAGCAAAUAUAAACGCUAAAACAUAUUUGGUUAAACCUGCAGGGUGGGAGAAAUUUGACAAAAAUGUCACAGAGGUUUCUGAUAAAGAUGAAUUAAAAGGAUGGGAUUACACAUAUGAACCUGCUGAUGGUUAUGACUCUUCUAGAAGUGAUCAAAUACCUUUCAGAACUGGAGGGAAUUUUACAAGACCUUUAUCACCUGAGGAGAAGAGAAAUCUACCUUCUACACAUUUAUAUGAUUAUGUUUAUGAUUAUUCAUAUUAUUAUUAUGGUGCACCUACUGCUUCAACUGGACCUGGUGCAGCUACCACACCCACUGGACCUGGACCAGCUACUACUCCAACUGGAAAUAAUUCUGAAGCAACAACGACUCAAACUGGAUCUGUUUCUGAACCAACCACUACUCCAACUGAAUAUGUUUCUAAACCAACAACGGCUCCAAUUGGAUAUGUUUCUGAACUAACAAUGGCUCCAAGUGGAUAUAAUUCUGAACCAACAAUGGCUUCAACUGGAUAUGUUUCUAAAUCAACUAUAGCUCCUACUGAAUAUAAUUCUAAAUCAACUAUUGCUCCAAGUGGAUAUAAUUCCAUAUCAACAACAGCUUCAAGUGGAUAUAAUUCUAAAUUAACAACAGCUUCAAGUGGAUAUAGUUCUAAAUUAACAACAGCUUCAAGUGGAUAUAGUUCUAAAUUUACAACAGCUUCAAGUGGAUAUAGUUCUAAAUUAUCAACAGCUUCAAGUGGAUAUAGUUAUAAAUUAUCAACAGCUUCAAGUGGAUAUAGUUCUAAAUUAACAACAGCUUCAAGUGGAUAUAGUUCUGAUAAAAAAGAAGGAGAUGAUUACUUUGGACCCGGACAGAGGCAUUAAAAAUCAAUAAAUUAAAAUUUUA